AUGGUGCUGGAGGAGAGACCGACGAUCACCUACCGAGCUGACGGCGACUGGCCUGCAUCCCUGCAGCAGCAGUAUGAUCAGCUGCCCAGCACAUCACAAACGGCCGUGUUCGAAUUAUUCGAUGCCAUCUCAGAGGGUGGCAAGACCCUCAAGGGCAUCUUUGACACAAACAGCAUCGGCUGCUCUAGCCCCACUUUGGAUGGCGUUCUCUGUGUAUCCGUUAGCCGCAUCAACCACUCCUGCUUGCCCAACUGCGAGCAGUUCUGGGACGAGCAAAUGUACCGGCAGAAGAUCUUUGCGUGCAAGGACAUUCAAAAGGGUGAGGAGCUUUCGAUUUCCUAUGUGGAGCCAUACCUCCUGGCCGAGGAGAGGAAGGAAAUCUUCCACCGGAGAUAUCAUUUCCAGUGCAGCUGUGGCGCGUGCUCGUCGCAGAACACGGAGGCCAGCGAUCGUCGGAGGAGACGGCUUGGCGAGGCGCUGGCUGAGCUUGGCCGUGGUGUCAGCCCAGAUGCAGACGCGGGUGUGGCACUAGCAGAGGAGCUCUUGCAGCUUUGCGAUGACGAAGGACUGGCUCUGCAGGGCUUCCGUGCUCAGGCCUGCUACCAUGCGUUUCAAUGCUUGCUCCUCGCUGGCCGCGGGCAGGAUGAGGCUGCACCCUGGAUACGACGGGCACGUGAAUCCUUGGAGGCCAGCCGCGGCGCUGGAGAUCCAGAUGUCGAACAGCUGCGAGGCUUCGAGGCAGACCCCAUGAGCCACCCAGCAGCAUCGGAUCGGCCGACGCAGCUCUCGGGGCUGGCGGCUCCAGUGGCGCUCACUGCAGCCGCGGCCGCUGCACUGUAUUUUCUCCGUUGA